AGCUUCUCCUUCACGUCCGCUCUCUUACCUCAGCCGAAGUGCACUCUCGUGUCUUGUCGGUGCUGUUUUUUGUUUAAUUGACAGCUAAACACCUUCCAAAAAACCCGCAAACAUGAGCAGGAAAUUCUUCGUUGGUGGAAACUGGAAGAUGAACGGCGACAAGAAAAGCCUUGGGGAGCUCAUCCAGACCCUGAACGGAGGCAAGGUGGACCCCAAUGUCGAGGUGGUGUGCGGCGCUCCAUCAAUCUACCUGGACUUUGCCAGGUCCAAGCUGGAUGCCAAGUUCGGUGUGGCUGCUCAGAACUGCUACAAAGUUCCCAAGGGUGCCUUCACUGGGGAGAUCAGCCCUGCAAUGAUCAAGGACUGUGGUGUGAACUGGGUGAUCCUGGGACACUCUGAGAGGCGCCAUGUCUUUGGAGAGAGCGAUGAGCUCAUUGGUCAGAAGACAGCCCAUGCUCUGGAGAGUGGUCUCGGUGUGAUCGCCUGCAUUGGCGAGAAGCUGGACGAGAGAGAGGGUGGCAUAACAGAGAAGGUCGUCUUUGCUCAGACCAAGGUCAUUGCAGACAAUGUAAAGGACUGGAGCAAGGUCGUGCUUGCUUAUGAGCCUGUGUGGGCCAUUGGCACCGGCAAGACUGCCUCCCCACAGCAGGCUCAGGAGGUUCAUGAGAAACUGAGGGAGUGGCUGAAGACCAACGUAUCUGAGGCUGUAGCCAACUCUGUGAGGAUCAUCUAUGGAGGCUCUGUCACCGGUGGUACCUGUAAAGAACUCGCCUCCCAGAAGGACGUUGACGGUUUCCUCGUGGGCGGAGCCUCCCUCAAGCCAGAGUUUAUUGACAUCAUCAACGCCAAGGCAUAAGAACCCUGGGAAGCUGCAAUGUGACCAUGUCUAGAUCAGAGGCCAGCUCCAUUCAGAUGAUCCAGCUCCAUCAUCCCUCAGCACUUAGUCAUCUUCCCCUUUUUAUCAAAAGUAUUUUGUGUAAUGAUGUCAUUCCCUCCUUUUCCUUUAUCUUUCUCUGAGUAUAUUUUGUCAUGAAGAAAAGGGACAGGUUGACACAUGCACUGUACUGCACUGAAAAGAGUUAAGUCCACUGAGAAAUAGCCUGUGUGCAUACUAACUUCCACACCAAGUGCUCAAGCUGUAAAGACUGACAGUUACACCUUGAGGUGGACGAGCAGUCCGCGCCUUUACUUGAACAGUUUACCAACUUUUUUUGUGUGUAAACAGUGUCACAGCUCUUGUCAAUCAGAUUUAUUUGUCUUUUUAAUAUUGGUGUCUCUUUUGUGUAAUUAUGAUGUUCUGUGGCUUUUACCUCUCUGUAGUUGUGCAUGAUCCACUCUCUCAUUGGCUGUUUAACCAAGAGGGAGGUGUCCAUUACAUGUUCAUCAUGAAGUGUCAUGGCCGAUAGUUGUAAGGGUGGGAUGGCUGUAAGGAAACAUUAUAAUAAACAGUUUGGAGACUG